AUGGUGCUCUGGCUACGAAGACGAACUGAAACCCUUUGUCGAUCUCUCUCUUGCUGUGAUGGCGCUCUGCCUUCAAAGACGAACCAAUGGUGCUCGGUCUACGAAGACGAUCAGAAACCCUCUGUCGAUCUUUCUCUUGCUGUGGAUGUGUCCUACAAGUGGCUGAGCCGCAAUUUUUUGGUGUCAUCAAAUGCGGCAAAGAGAUUGCUUCAAGUGUUUGUUGAAAAACAUGGAAGUGGGAAAGAAAUAGUAUAUACGUUGUCUGGCUGGUUGAAGAAUAAUCCUUCAGUUUACCAUAUAAGGCUUGUUUCCAGGCCUAAACUUGCAGUGUUUGCUUUCUUGGUCUACUUCUUUGGCUUUGAAUGCAGAGUUUAUCCGCAAGGGUCCAAUAUGGUUGCAGAGUGCUUAGCUUUAUUGGAUGGGCUUCAGUUGGUGAAAGAACGGAAUUUUGGGAAUUGUAAGCUGGAGGCUAACGCCGCUGCUGAUUGCUUAGCCAAGCUGGCUGUGCAGAACAGAGCUUCGUUGUGUAUCCCAAUGGCGUCUUCUUUACCUGUUGCAGUGAAGAUGGUGUUGCAGCAGGACAAAAGGGAUAUUCCUGUUAUGAGGAAAAGCUUUGCUUUUUUCUCUACCCAGCUGUGUAAUGUGGGUCUCAGUAAGUCUGUUCGGCAAGGGAGCAUUGAUGCCUAUGCCGCUAUGAUGGUGCUGGAGAGAAAUUUUUUCCCUCUCAGGUCAUGGAAUUGA